AAGCCUCCCACACAAAAUGUAGUUUCGGUCUACCGGUGUUCUCGAGCUACACAUUAUGAAAUAACACAGGUGUCACCUGACAACAUGGCCGAUGAUCAACCCCCGACAUCGUCUCCAAGAGAAGGCUCCACCGAUUACACACAGUAUGGCAUCACGGAUAUCCCCAAAUAUACGACACUCACAGCGUUCGGGAAGACAAAGACAUUUGCAGGCCUGUAUCCAAAAGAAUGGGCAUUUCUGGUUGUAUCGACUAUCAACAUCUUGGCAGCAGUAGGGCUGACAAUCUAUAGGCUGGUAGUGGUGGUCGAAUCUGACCCCGAGUCAUCGGAUUUCACCUUCACGAUACUCCUUCUUAUCAAUGCUGGUUUCAGUGCCUUCUAUGUCAUCCAUGGUGUGUUGCAUGAACGUGUGUACGAGCUCUACGCGCUGAUAGUGGCCAUCUUGGUAGUGACCAUGUACUGUGUACUGGAGUAUGGAGCCUUCAACAAAGAAGGGCAAACAACAGUCAAACUGGUCCGUCUGAUCUUAGUGUGUAUCUUAGCACCACCAAACAUUUUUCUAGCCUGGGCUGUUGCAAAGGACUUUGGAUAUCUGGAAUUUAGAAUAGUUGGCGCUUCAGAAUAUCUGCAACAUCUCUACAAACAGGCCUCCAUAUUUUCCUGCUUCUUGAAAUUAGACUUGCAGGCAUCGGUAAGCUUUGUGGUCCUGGCCUUGAAGGAGGGAACGGACAUCACACUGCUGGAAAAGAUCAAUCUGGGUGUUGGGAUACCAUACACACUUUUGUGGUCAAUACUGGGCUGGUUCGUGGUGAGGGAACUGAGGGUGUGGGCGUGGGUGUUUGCUGUGGCCGGUGUUGUCAAGCCUGCAUACUAUCUCUACAAAGUUAUUAAAGUGUAUACAGAGCUGGCGGAGGACCAUGAAGCCUUCAGCAACACCAUCGUGUACUCCCUCCUGGCUGCAGGAGCUAUUGCGCUGAUUUCCUGGUUCAUUCUCAUGGCAGAGCUGAUCGUUGUAUACAGAAACUUUGGCAAAGGUCUCAGAGAAAGAGCUUUUGAAGUCCUUGCAACAGAAAACUCCAACUUGCUGACAGGAAGAAGGUCAAGGUGGCAAUGAUUCAAGGUCAACAACUUCCAUGAUUCUGGUUGCCAUGGUAGUUGGUCAGAAGCUUUUUAUAAACACAAGCAAAUCUGUGAUGUAGGUUAUUGUGCUGAUGUGCUCAGUUGACAAGCUUUCUGUUAUUUUGAAAGAAUGAUCUUGAAACAGCCCUCAGAACUACUGUGGCAAUAUGUUACCUGUCUUCUCAAGUCUCUCUGUCACUUUGAUGGAGUUGUCAUCAGAUGAACUGAUGAAGUUGUCUGCAAGUUACUUUGAUCUUUUACAUUCAUGUUUCUAAACCAUUGUUCCAAUAUUCUGUUUAGCUUUAAUGUUGUGGUGAUAUUCAUUUCUUAUUUUAUAUUUAACGUUUUCCAAAAUAUAUUUUGACAUUCCUUUUUUAAUAUGUAUUUUUAACAACUUAUCCUCAUCAAUGUAACAAGUAAAAAAAUAAUGUUUUCCAGAUAUAUUUUCAUAUAUUUCAUCAAAAGAUGUUUUAUUGAUAUGUGAAUAAUCAGUGGUAAAUAUCUAGUCGUUAGAAUUGUUUUAUUCAUUUAUGAUAAUCAAUACAAUACAAAAGUUAGUCCCAGUGAAUUUCAUUGCAUAUACAAUGAUACACUAUCUCCAGGCUCUUCACCAAACAAAGAGAUCAAAAUACCAUUCAGAUGUAUCUGUUGUGUUGAAAGAUUCUGAAGAUGUGGGUGUGAACUGGUCUUCAGCAACACGUUUGUGAGAGGCAACAAACUUAAUGGGGUGGUCUUGACAUGGUUGCUACAUUUGAUCAUAUCCUAGCUGUGUAGAUCAAUCGUCAAGGUGUCAAUCACUGGAUUGUCUAGCCCAGCACAGAGUACUGACAGACCACAUUCAUACAGCUGGAAAAUUGCUGAACGUGAUGUUAAUCAACAAAAUAUGUCUUGAAAUUAUUGUUUUGGUUUCAUUUAAGUAUUAUAGUUUGUCAACAGUCUACAAAGAAUUUAUGAAGAACCUUGAUCAUAAUCAUUGGUAUAUUUUAAUUGAAAUAUACAUUGUCAGUGACAGGAAGAUACGUGUGAUGAUGCAGGUAUUAGAUCAUACUCAUCAUAAAGGUACUGUAUAGUUGUAUAUUGUAACUAGCCACCCACGCCACCGACCAAGGAGUGACAGAUACAUGGCAGGUAUAUAGCAUGCGAGAAGCGUCUGUGCUGGCAAUCAGUGUUUGCCCUUAACCCUGAAAAGCUGCAGGCCCUAAGGACCCAGAACCAUAAAAGAGUUGUGGGUCCUGAUCAGAAUGUGUAGGCCCGAUAUUUUAAUAUGGAAAUAACACUCUUAGUUAUUUGGGAUGAAAAAGCUGUCGGCCAAAAGGACCUGCAGAAAAGAAAAGCUGUGGGUCCGAGUGGUUUUCAGUUGGGUUAGGGCCUAAGGACCGACGUUACUUUCGAACGCUGGUUGUCAUGGGGAGUAUAUAGCAUAGAAGAACAGCCCAUAUCUUAGCAUGACAGGUAUAUAGCGUGCUAGAAGUCCGUGGUUGUAUGGCAGGAGUAUAGGACUCUAGAAGAUCUGGAGACACUGACAGACGUACAGAUAAGCUGCG